GGUUGUGCUGCAGGUGGACCAGCGGCCAAGCAGCGAUCUUAUAUCCGAUCCCGAUCCGGUCAAAUGCCGCUGGUGGAUUAAGAAGUGCGACGACUCAGAAACGUCCAACUGGAUCGCGGCCAAUACCAAAGAAUGUGAUCAUAGAGAAAGAAGGCGGCUGCAACCAUAUGGUGUGCAAGAACAAGUUCUGUUGGGUCUGCCUCGGCUUCUGGGAGCCGCACAGCUCCUCCUGGUACAACUGUAACCGGUACGAUGAGAGGAGGCCAAGGCACCUCGUGAUGCCCAGGAGAAGUUGCGCUCAUCCCUGGCCAGAUUCUUGCAGGGCAUCGACGAGAUUUGGCAGUCACUAAACUAUUUGUUCUUUUGU